CCGCCAUUUCCUGCUAAGGAGCCGUAAGCUGAUUGGCUGCCGCUGAAACCGGACACGAGGAGCCGGGAGAUCCGCAGAAUGGAAGCUGAAAAUGUUAAGUUCCCCUAUCAGAGCGGCACACUCUCUGGCCAUCUAACAGAGCCACACCUGCAGAAUAUAGAGGAGGACACCUCAGAGAUGUCAUUCACACACGGGCAGAGAUGUGCAGCUCUUGCAAGUGAAACCUUCACACGCCUCAUUGAUGCCAAGUAUUCCAGUCAGAAGGAAUAUCUAGCUGCGUUUAUCUUGGAGAAAGAGGUGAUGAAUGCUAAAGGUGAAAUGUAUGAGGUCAUAGCACUUGGCACAGGGGCCACAUGCUUCCAGCGGCGACAGGAGUAUCACGGCCUGAUCCUGCAUGAUAGCCACGCAUUAGUGGUGGCAAGGAGGGCAUUAAUAAGAUACCUUUACAAGCAGCUUUACUUGUACCACAGUAAACCUCUUAUGGCUCAAGAAAAAUCUAUUUUCUGUUCUUCUGGCAAGAGUCCUCUCUUGACACUGAAACCUAGGAUGUUCCUCCAUCUAUAUUUAAGCAACAGCUCAGAGGGAUAUUCUCCAGGCUGUCUCUCAUGGGCUGAAAAAUCUCAGUACAUCUCUCUCCAUGUCCAUGCGAAGGGUUCCUUGGUCCCUGUGUCAAACUGUUCUCCCAGUGUUUUGGGUUCACACGUGUGCUGUAUGUCCGCCUUUGACAAGCUAAUGAGAUGGAGUGUGACAGGAAUCCAAGGAGCCCUGCUCAGUCAGAGCAUUGAACCAGUCUAUAUAUCCAGCAUUGUUCCAGGCGGCUCUGACCAACAGAUGCUCUUGUUCAAUCUUGCCAUUAAGGGGUAUCUGCAGCCUUUCUUGGAUCUUGGUUUCUUGCCACCAAAGUCUGUGCAUUGCCCCUUUGUGUUUCCAGGGCCUCUCAUUGACACUCACCCUAAAGGAAGCACACUGUCUGCUCUCAGUCUGAACUGGUGCAAAGGUGACCGCCAUGUGGAGGUUAUAGAUGGAGCAACUGGGAUGAGGACAGAGAGCUCGCCCGGUGCCAGUCGAUUGUGUAAAGCAGCUAUGCUGACAUAUUUUAGGGGUCUUCAGAUAGCAUCUGGAAAACCACAAGGAACAUCUUAUUACCAAGUUAAGGCCUUAUCAAACCAGUACCAGCGCGUCAAAUGCCAGUUAUACGAUUACUUGCGGGAACAUGGGCAUGAAGCAUGGCCUCGAAAGCAGUGUGUGGACAGAUUUGUUGCUUUGUCUCAUAAUGAUGCCGACGGGAAUCCUGUUUUGAGUUUCCAGUGUGAUCUGCGCUGA